GCCAAAAAAAUGACACACCGGCGCUUAAACAUGACGAGUUAAGUCCGCGACAAAGGAAUAGGGUGGUUGAGCGAGUGCUACGGCUAAUCGAAGGAGCGAAGCUAACGUGGACUAUCCGUUACCUGGCUAAUUUACACCCGACAUACAGAGACAACUGGGUCUCUUUCCUUCAGUUACCACAGAGAGGUCUGAGCCUCCGUCACCAUGACAGACAACAAGCGGCUUGCCUUCUCCAUCAUCCGGUUUCUCCAUGAUCAGCUCCAGUCAGGGGAUCUGUCCUCAGAUGCCCAGGAGAGUCUGGAAGUUGCUGUUCAGUGUUUGGAGACAGCGUUUGAAGUUUCGACCGACGACCAGAGCCUCGCCGUCCCCAUGACGUUACCGGAGAUCUUUGCCUCAGCCGUGGCCAAGCCGAGUCGCAGGUCAACAACAACUCCACCCAAAACACUCACUGAGGAGCAGAGAGCCGAGGCCGAGACGCUCAAAACUGAAGGAAACGACCAAAUGAAAGUAGAGAACUUUUCAGCUGCUGUUGAGUUUUACUCAAAGGCCAUCGCAAUCAACCGUCACAACGCCGUCUAUUACUGCAACAGGGCUGCAGCCUACAGUAAACUGGGGAACUAUGCUGGAGCGGUGCAGGACUGUGAACAGGCCAUCAGCAUUGACCCAAACUACAGCAAAGCCUACGGGCGGAUGGGUUUGGCUCUGGCCAGUCUCAACAAACACACAGAAGCAGCCAGUUAUUAUAAGAAAGCUCUGGAGCUCGACCCCGACAACGACACUUACAAAAGCAACCUGAAGAUCGCAGAGGACAAGAUGGAGACAUCCAGUCCAACAGCAGGGAUGGGUGGAGUGGAUCUGGCCGGUUUGCUCAGUAACCCCGGCUUCAUGAACAUGGCGUCCUCUCUGAUGAACAACCCUCAGGUUCAGCAGCUGAUGUCGGGGAUGAUGUCAGGAGCAUACGGUGGGGUGGGAGGAGCAGGAGGAGCAGGAGGAGCAGGAGGAGCAGGAGCAGCAGCAGCAGCAGCAGCAGCAGCAGCAGGAGGAGGAGGAGGAGGAGGAAGAGGAAGUAGUGCGGCGGCCCCGGGAGCUGCAGGAGCUGGAGAUUUAUCAGGACUGAUUCAGGCAGGUCAGCAGUUUGCUCAGCAGAUGCAGCAGCAGAACCCUGAACUCAUCGAACAGCUGAGGAGUCAAAUCCGCAACCGAAUGCCCAGCGCCGGAAAUGAGGAGCAGCCGUGACACUCAGAUACAGUGGGACAGGUUUGUGUGGAGGAGAAGCAGAGCUCAUCGGGAUCAUUUAUAACUCAAAGGACUAAAAGGAAGUUGUUUUUUUUUUCUUUCUUAGUCCCGUCACUGAAUAAUUUCUGCACAAGAAAAUGAGAGGCCUCCCACUACAUCAAGGAGCCACGUCACCAAAAACACCCACUUCCUGUGGUUCUGUGUGGUUUUUAGGAAGAACAUUUUGACUUAACACUUUAAUAAUGAACACCAAUUCAUGCUAAUAAAUUCAGCUCAAACACGAAUGCUGAUCCCAGAUGUUAAACAACCAAGUUUCAGACAGGAGCUUGAAAUUUCUUCUUAAAACAACACAGUGUUACUUUAUGCUCUGUGUGUGUUUGAGUGUGAGUGUGUGAGAGAGAGAGAGAGAGAGAGAGAGAGAGAAACUGAGACUUGGCCUACUUUUGGGGGCAUAUUUCAGCCUGAUUAGGGGCAAAGGGUUUGGGAAAAGUCUCUGUGAUGUCCCUCAAAGUGACCUAAGUAGAUGUGCGUGUGUGUGUGUGUGUGUGUGUGUCAGACUUCAUUAUUGUGUGAAACUCUUCAGUCAUGUGAAAGCUGUUCAGUCUGAGAAUUAAAAAGAGCGUCUCAUCAUUUUA